UUAUAUUAUUUUUAUUUCAAAUUUGCAGGAGUUUGAAAACUUUGGAGACAACGUAGACUACUUCGGUAGCUUUGUUACGGAUAGGGAAUUUAUUUCCGUAGAUGAGUUACAUAGUUGGGCCGAUGCGAUAGCAAUAACAAUUGGUUUUCAAUUUACACGUGCUUCUUAUAAAAAGAAAAAAGGACGUUCUGGAGUUAGUGUCUAUUUAAGAUGUCACCACUAUGGUAAUAUUAGGGGUGAUGUACAAAAUCUAGAUAAUACUGCCCGACCUGGUUCUAAAAGUAGAAGUUGCGGGUGUAAAUUUUUGAUUGUAGGAAGUAGUUGUAAACCAGGAGAAAGACCUUGGACGGUAAGGGUGUGUCCCGGUGAAAAAGGAAAACAUAACCACUCGUUCUUAGUGUAAAGAGAUGGUCAUGUAAGGGCGAAUAGGAUCAAUGUAGAUAUUCGGGAGCACAUACGACAGCUUAGUGCAACCGGAAUGCAACUAGCCUUUAUUAUGAAUUCUAUUAGAGAUAAUUUUCCUGGUUUUUAUGCUAGUAUGAAUCAGAUAUAUAAUAUUAGGCAAUCAAUAAGGAGAGAAGAGAUGGAGGGUAGGACUCCCCUUCAACACCGUCUUCAUAUGGCCACAGAACUUAAUUACGUGGUCUGGACAGACUUGGAUAGCGAAGGGCAAUUGAGCAGACUAUUAAUUGCAAAUCCUACCUCUAUCCAAAUGAUCCGUACGUGGCCGUAUGUUGUGCUGAUAGAUACAACGUACAAAACGAACAAACAAAAGUGGCCACUAUGUGAAGUGAUCGGAAUGACGCCAACCAAUCACAACUUCUUGGUUGCGUUUUGUUUGAUGCGAGAUGAGGCAGCUGUGUCGUAUUCGUGGGUGUUGCAGGGAUUGAGAGAUAUUUUCGGCACUGCUCAGACUCCUAGCGUCAUUGUAACUGAUCGAGACGAAGGUUUAUCUGUAGCUAUUCGUGACGUCUUCCCAGAUGUGCGGCAUUUGUUAUGCAUCUGGCAUAUUGCCAACGACGUUGAGAACAUGGUGGACAAGUUGUGUGGCGGGAAAAAAAGUCAACAAGGCCAAAUAUUCAGACAGGGCAGAUGGAACCCCUUGGUUGAAAGUUCUACAAUCGGGGAAUUUGAACAGAGAUGGCAAGCGAUCGUGAGUACGUGGUCGGUUAGGAACAAAAAGGUCGUUCGGUAUCUGGCUGGAACCCCCGAUGAUGGUGGUGCGUGGGUGCUCAUUCAGCAAUGCACUAGGAGCAGAAUUGUAUGGAGUCCAUUCCACCUACAUGCAGGCCAAGUUAAUAAAUAAGAAUAAUGUAAAAUUAAAAACACAUGCAUAACAAAAUGUCAUGUAAUGUACAAUACCUGAGUCUCCGUCAUUGAGUCAAGAACCCUGCGGCAGUCCCUCAGCCUGUCCACCUCACGACAUGGUUUCUUCGUUGACCACAUCUCCACCCUAGUUAUGUUUGGCACAUCUUCUCGGCGAGGAUGAGGGCGGAAAGCGGGAAAGUACUCAUAGAUCCAUGUUUGGAGCAAUGUGAGGCACCCCGCAAUGGUCUUGCAACCAGCCUUAGAUGCCAUUCCGAGCUGCCUAUACAAGUAGGCCAAGGUCACCGCACCCCAAGCCACCUCCUGCUGAUCGACGUUCACUGCAAGUAUCAGGUUAGGUCGCAUGCCAAUUCUGGUCUUAUCCGCCAGCAAGGUAGAGCCGACGAUAGCCAUGUAGUACGCUGUCGUCUGGGUAUCCAUGGCCUAGGACCUAUGACACAGGUACAUCAGUUCAGCAACGUUCACGCAGCCGCAGGUGAACGCACCUCUACGCCGAAGCUCAGACAUAGGCUCCCCGAACAGAUUGGUGACACCGACCUGCCACUCCGCCUCAGAAGGCUCAGCCGGCAGAGAACCUUCAAUAGAAAUGCCCAGUAUGCGUUGCACGUCGUGCAACAUAAUCGUCAUUUCCUCCCAUGGCAUGUGGAAGGUGUUCGUAUCCGGCUGCCACCUCUCUACGAACGCCGAUAUCAAAGCACAGUCGAUGUGUUGGUGCAUAAUGUCCGGUAGUCGGCCGAGGGAAGUGG